CAGCCCAACCCCGCUCUAUUUCUUCCUCUCCACCCUCCUUCGUCUCCCGAGUCCCACAUCGCCGCCGCCGCCGCCGUCCCCACAUACCGGCGACCUCGCUCCGGGCUCGGCCCUCUCCCCCACAGCAGCAGGUCAGGCGGCGGCCAGAUCCGCCACGGAGCUUCAGGAUCCGCGCCGUCGUCACGCGAAGGAGGCCGGCCGCUUCUCCCCGGUCGCUCGCGCGCCAGGAGUGGAGGAGGCGGCGGCCAUUGCUUCCUUUCUCUGGCCGACGCCGCUCUUCCGCGUGAGGAGAGAGCUCGCUCCCGCUCGUCCGCUCCGACCCUAGCGUCCACGCGAUGGCGCCCGUCAACAAGGAGAACUUACACCUGGAGGAGGCAUUCGAAAACCUGAGAUAAAUCUUCGGGCCCAACAAGCAGGCUCCAGAGGAGGAGGUGCAUGUUCAACAAGGAUUGUUGCUCUUUCAGCCACCCAGCGCGAGACGUCGUACUUCCUUUCUUUCUGCUAGUAGAGGCGCAAAUAUUCUUGUCCUCCAACUCAGUCGCCUUCAUACUAAUAUUCAACAUGUCCGGUCUUCUAAAAAAAAUAUUCAGCAUGUCCAGUCGUUGCUUUUUUUAGCUGUAAUCUUCCAAGGGCAUGCAUACGUACGCAAGAUGUUGCAUGAAUCCAAAUCCUAUAAUUACUUGCUGGAAGAAUACACUAGCUAUGGCCUGUGGACUAUUUUGCAUCCUAACAAAAUAUUCUAAGCAGAUUAGAUUCAUCAUGCUAGCAUGCUGCUACGGACGAGAGUACUACUUAAAUCGAGAGAGUACUACGAACGUUCGCCUCAACAUGAGGAUUUGCUGGUGACCUGACUUGCUGGCGCCACAACGGAUGAUGAGUUGAUCGCCUAGGGUUGAAGAGGCGCCACCUGAUGAGGUGCGGCUGCUGUUUGGGUGGAGGCGUGGAGCGAUGUAGGUAGCUAUGGCCGAUCACCAGGCAUGAGGUAUGGAAGGGGAGGACGAGACCUCGAUGGUGGAGGCGGCGCUGGGGCUGAGCCCUCAGAUCUUCAUCAAUGAGGUCCUCAACAUGGUCGACGAUGUCCGCUUCCAGGCUUUCGAGUACUGCCUCCAGGAAGGCGCCCCCGCGGCCGUCGGCGCCGCCACAGCGACCAAUAAGGCCGAGGAGCUGGAACGGGGAGUAAAUGCAAUUUGCAACUUGGUAACGGAUGUAUUGAACAAAAGAAUGAACAAUUGGGAGAUGUAUUGCCUUCGGAAAUGUUUAACUGUACCUGAAGGAUUUGUGGCGCCUGAAGAUGAUAAUUCUUCUUCAAUGGUAUUGCAUAAAGAUGGGAAUUCUGAUUCGGAACUGGAUGCAGAACUUAAUUUUUUGAGAAAAAAACUGGCAGAUGCUAACACGGAAUCUGAAGAACUUCAAAGAGAAAUUACUUCUUUGGAAAGGCAAGCUACAUACAAGAGUAGCCUUAAUUCCUCUAUCACUGAAGUACUGAAGUUGUAUGAAGACAAAUCUAUUCAGGAUAAUAUUGAAGCUAUUGUGAAGGCAAUACCGAAAUUGCACCAGAAAAUGAAGGUUAUGAAAAGGAAAAAGGUUGAGGCCAUGGUGGGCCAAAAUGUUCGGAAUGUCAAUUUUCUUAGAGACCGGAAGCGUUUAGCACCGGGUAAGGGUUCUAGUCCUAGCACCGAGGACAUUCAAGAGGUGAACGCGGCCGUGAAAGGCUUGCGGCAGGAGUAACUUGUGUUGUGAAUCUCGUCAAGCUAUCCUCUCGCUAGCUACCUGAACUGCAGAUUUUUCAGAAGACCUGCAUGUACAUGUAUGCAUGCAUGAUCAGCAGAGUCAUAAACAUAGGCAAUACUUGUUUGAUGGCAAGACUGUCUUGUCAUAGGUGCAUCAAUGAAAAAUAGAGCAUAUACUGAGGGAGGGCCUCCGGCGUAUUCUAACUUGUAUGAUUAGCAGAAGCUACAUCUGCAACCAAUUGACCCAGCAGGAGUUGAGCACACGAAGACCCAGCUCUUUCUUCAGCAACAGGCUGCUCGUUCCUCUAUAACUUCAUCAACUGGGUAACACCCUGGUGCUUGUGCUUACCGUCGACAAUACCCUCGGGAACUGGCUUCUUCCUGCCACAGAUACGGCAGGCCUCCAGAAUUCUGCAAGGCCACUAUAGGGUUACUAACACUGUUGAGCACAACUUUUUGUUGCAAAAAUAAAAUAAAAUCCAAUGCUCAUUUGAGCUGGGCUUUCGUCGUGGUUCAA